AGAUGGGGCGGGCAGCCAGCUUCGGGUGGCGCACCCCAGCGUCUCCGCGCGGGGCGCGCAGUCGGUGUGGCUUCUCCCGGAGGCCAGCUCCCCGGCCUGCCUGUUGGAAGCCGCAGGGACGCGUCUGCCCGGGUGGAGGGAUUUACGAUUUUAGCAGGGCCGUUUCCGGGAGGUGGAGCUCGGACCCCCAUUUUCUUUCUCCCGGCCCAGUUGCUCUGGGCGGCAGUGAGACCUCAGUUGGAGACCCCCAGCGCCAGCGCCCACGAGCCUCCUGCCGGGGGCCUACCCUGCGCCCGGGCCCGGCGGCAGUAUGGGCGGCGCCCGGGACGUGGGCUGGGUGGCGGCGGGCCUGGUCCUCGGCGCUGGCGCCUGCUACUGCAUUUACAGGCUGACGCGGGGCCGGCGGAGAGGCGGCCGCGGGCUCAGGCUGCGUCCCUCGCGGUCUGCAGAAGACUUAACCAAUGGUUCAUAUGAUGAUGUCCUAAAUGCUGAACAACUUCAGAAACUCCUUUAUCUACUUGAGUCAACUGAAGAUCCUGUAAUUAUUGAAAGAGCUUUGGUCACUGUGGGAAACAAUGCAGCUUUUUCAGUUAACCAAGCUAUUAUUCGUGAAUUGGGUGGUAUUCCAAUUGUUGGAAACAAAAUCAACAGUCCUGACCCCAACAUUAAAGAGAAAGCUUUAAAUGCAUUAAAUAAUCUGAGUGUGAAUGUUGAAAAUCAAAUCAAAAUAAAGAUAUACAUCAAUCAAGUCUGUGAGGAUGUCUUCUCUGGUUCCCUGAACUCUGCUGUGCAGCUGGCAGGACUGAGAUUGUUAACAAACAUGACUGUUACCAAUGACCACCAGCACAUGUUUCAGAGUUACAUUACAGACCUAUUCCAGGUGUUACUUACUGGAAAUGGAAAUACCAAGGUUCAAGUUUUGAAACUGCUUUUGAAUUUGUCUGAAAAUCCAGCCAUGACAGAAGGACUACUCGGUGCCCAAGUGGAUUCAUCAUUCCUUUCCCUUUAUGAUGGCCACGUAGCAAAGGAGAUUCUUCUUCGAGUGCUUACGUUAUUUCAGAACAUAAAUAACUGCCUCAAAAUGGAAGGCCAUUUAGCUGUACAGCCUACUUUCACUAACGGUUCAUUGUUUUUCCUGUUAUAUGGGGAAGAGUGUGCCCAGAAAAUAAGAGCUUUAGUUCAUCACCAUGAUGCAGAGGUGAAGGAAAAGGCUGUAACAAUGAUACCAACAAUCUGAUGGGUUGGUCAUAUUCUUCUAAAGAGAAAUGCAGUCUAGAAAUAGCACACGUUAAGCUUCUUAUUCCUAUCUUCCAUAUAAGGGGAUUCUUCCAGCCGCUGAAUUUAAACAAUAAAUAUCACAUUUCACCAUUAACACAGCUAUAACUUACCAUGGUCUUCAGGUUUAUUUUGAACCAUUUUACUGAUACCAGAUAAAUAUACAAGCUUGUACUGAAA